UGAACAAAGUGAAACAAUAUGUUAAUAUCACAGCUGACUUCCCAGUUACUGAAGGCUUCACGUAUUGCAGGCCACCUUUUGCCAAGGUCAGUGUCUUCCUUUCUUUGCUGUCGUUCUACAUCUGCGCGCUAUAGCACGCAGCCAUCUAACAAGAGUGGAGCCCAACCUCAGCAGUGGUAUGCUCUGGACCCUGAACUGGAAGAGAUGCUGGUCCCCAGAAAACUUUCCAUCAGCCCCUUAGAAAGCUGGCUGACAGUUAGAUACUCCCUUCCUAAAACAGAAGUCCUUAAUGCUCAGGAAGAAGUGGGCUAUGAACCUCUCCAGCGAUAUGACUGUCCCCCGUCUGAUGAGGGAGCUGAUGUGGAGGAAGGAGAGGGAACACUUAGCAACAAGCUUCAAUGUAAGAACGUUUUGAAGAUUCGCAGAAGGAAAAUGAAUCGGCACAAGUUCAAAAAGCUGCUAAAGCGAAGAAAGUUUGUACGGAGGAGGAUAAAGGAAGGUCGCAAGAAGAAACGUCAGAUAAAAUUUGAGAAGGAUUUGGAGCGCAUCUGGAAAAGAGCUGGUUUGAAAAAUCCUCCUGCGGGAUGGCAAACACCCAAGAUAUUUCUGAAAAGUUCAAAGCGAUAAAAACCACUUGUAAUGAGUUUUAACCUGUAAUUGUAAUUAAAAAAUAUUUAAGUACGC